AUGCGUUCGUUUUUCAAAAAGCCUUCAUGGGCAAGCAGGGGAGAUGAGGGAACAGACCCGAAUUUCUACCGUCAUGCUGGUCAAGUCUAUAAUGACAUUAUCACUGCCAACCGGAAAGCUCGGGCUAGCCGACUGUCUAUAGUGCAGGAACCAAAGGGGGAACCAGAGCAGGAAUUAGAGCAGGAAUCAGAGCACACAAACUCCAAACGUCGACGUCUCUCCUGCAGACAGCCCUCCGCAGAAAGUUCAUUAGGGGCCCUCACUCACAAUGAAGCACUGCACAAUGCGGAACAACCAUUGGAUUAUAAUGCUUCUUAUGAGCACUUACAAGAGACCAGUAACAAUGGCGAUAGUUGUGGUCCAUCCGCGGGAGUCUCAUCUUGUGGUAUCACAGUUGGCAUUACAACAGAGACUGACGACCAAUGUUGUGAGUCACUACCUGAUGUGGAGCUUACUCAAGUUGGGGCAAUCCGUGCGCAUUCAGAAGUUACAAAAGCAGUCAAAGAGAACAAGAUUGCUUCCGUGCAGCAGUCACGUUUCGAAAAUGCUCGGGAAGUUGAUGAGACUGUCAAACCCCAUAAUCACAGUCUUGCCCAUAAUCAAGCAAUAGUUCAGAUCCUCAUUACCUCAAAAAUCCCAAAUACCAAACCAUUGAUUGUCCGCCGAAAAAUGAACCAAUCUCUAAAGGAUGUCCGUCUAGCAUGGUGUAAUCGCCAGAAAUUCACCAAAGAAAUGCAAGAAUCGGUCUUCCUGACCUGGAAGGGUAAGAGACUGUUUGAUGUUACUACAUGCCGAAGCCUGGGAAUCCAUGCAAAAAGCGGUAAUUUUAACGGACAUGACACAUUCCACUUAGAUGUGGAGGAUAUACAAGUUCAUAUGGAAGCUUCUACAGAAGACCUUCUCAACGCUGAUCUUUCACACUCACAGACUGUGACUGACGCCAAGUCCAGUCCGGAAUAUACGAGCUGGAAUGGGGCAACUUCGUCCUCGGACAUGAUACUAUUAAAGUGUCCCGGGUUUGUUGAUUUGAAGGUAGAGCUGAACCUGGAGAUGCAGGUAUCAGAGCUAGUUGCUACCUUUCGUGCUGCUAGGCAGAUACCCGCAACCCGUGAUAUACAACUUGUAUUUGACGGUGACCGCUUAGAUAAUAAUGCUUAUCUUGCAGACUACGAGCUCAUGAACAGCGAUCUUGUGGAGGUUAUAAUUAAGUGA